AUGCAUGCACGGGCUAAGGGCCCGGUUGCGCCGCAAGUUUACCGACUCGCGUUCAGCACAGCUGCUGCUCCCUGGCGAGCACGGUCACAGCAGCAGGCGUGCGGAGUGCAGACGCGCAGCGCACCGCCUGAAGCAGCGCAAGAGACCUUGUCUCUGGACACCUUCACACCGGGAAACCUGCACAUCUCAAAGCCUGCUCCUUGCAUUCGACGCAUGCGUUGGCCUGCGUGGCGCCAUGGGCGGUUUCGGCUAUUGAUGAAGCGUGAGCGACCUGUUCUCGCUUCCCGUCGUUCUGUGCGGUUUGUGGCUGCAAGCCGCAGAAAGCUGGCCAAACUCCGAACUCUCCUUCUCGAGCGACUGCUUCAAGGUUAUGAACCAACGCCUGAGCUCGCGUCUAUCUUGCUCGUGUAUCUAGUACAAGGCGUCCUUGGUUUGGCUCGACUAGCCACCGUAUUUUACUUCAAGGAUGAGCUGAAGCUGUCACCUUCACAACUCGCAAUGCUGAGUGGUGUCCAGACGUUGCCGUGGACCAUCAAACCCCUCUAUGGUUUUCUCUCUGAUGCGGUGCCGCUCUUCGGCUAUCAUCGACGAUCCUAUCUUAGCCUCGCAGGGGCGUUAGGAGCCGCGUCCUGGUUGGGCCUUGCAACCUGGGCCCAUACGCCGGCUCAGGCGCUGCUCUGCUCUACACUAGCAUCGCUCGCCGUAGCCAUCAGUGAUGUUGUUGCCGACGGUCUCGUUGUUGAGCGGGUCCGCGAGAACUCACAGGAACGUGCCGGUUCACUGCAGAGUCUCUGCUGGGGCAUAUCGGCGUUCGGAGGUCUCGUGACCUCGUAUUUCUCGGGAUCAUUACUGGAACGCUUCACGCCUCGUCAGAUUUUUCUUAUGACGGCAACGUUUCCCCUCAUGAUUAGCACCGUGUCCUUCUUCAUCGAUGAGCGACCGUCUUAUAGCGAGCAAGCGCUCGUCCAAGAGCGGUCGACCGGCAGCGCUGCGAGUCAAGAUGGAAGCCGCGUCCACCAGGCGACAAAAUGGUCCCGGUAUAGUGAGCAGGUCGCGCGAGACGCCAGGGAACUGCUGAGCAAGCUUUGGAAUGCUAUUCGACAGCCAUCCAUCCUCUAUCCAACGGCGUUUGUCUUCCUGUGGCAAGCAACCCCUUCCGCAGAGACCGCGUUCUUUUACUACAUGACAAAUGAGCUUCACUUUGGACCAGAAUUCCUCGGCCGCAUUCGCAUCAUCUCAAGUGCGGCAAUGCUCGUCGGCGUUUUCGUUUAUAAUCGUUUCCUGCAACGCGUGCCGAUCAAAUCGAUGCUUCGUUGGAGCACCAUCCUCAGCGUACCGCUGGGUCUCUCGCAGCUCAUUCUCGUAACAGGUCUGAACACCCGAUGGGGAAUCCCGAAUUCCUGGUUCGUGCUUGGGGAUGCUGCGGUACUGACCGCUUUGGGUCAGGUCGCCUUCAUGCCUACUUUGGUGCUGGCGGCUCGAUUGUGUCCCCCAGGUGCAGAAUCUGUCGUCUUCGCGACGCUCAUGUCCCUGUACAACGCGAGCGGGGUCUUGGGCACCGAAAUGGGCGCGCUGCUGACGCAGGUGCUCGGGGUGACAGAGCAAAACUUUACGAACCUUUGGGCGCUCAUCACGAUCUGUAAUCUAUCGUCUUUGCUACCGCUGCUGUUUAUCGAUUUCCUUGAUCGUGCACCCAUCGAUCGGAACGCUGCAAUGUCUUCCACAGAUACGGCCGCUGCAGCGUCCGAAGAGUUUACCGAUCUGGAUGGCCUCGAGCGGGGCCACUCUUCGGUAACCGAGUCGACAAAGAAUGCGAACGCUCGUUCUCGGCGAUGA